AUGUGCAGAUAUUUAGGUUUAAAAUCAGAAGUUAAUAGGACAUUUUUAAAAUCAGAAGACUUUCCUGAAAUACACACCCCAGAGUUGAUUGCUGGCUCUAGUGAAGGCGGUUCUGCAGUAUUUAAGCUGGACUACAAAUGGCAACCUGCAUGUUUGGCACAGUCACCUCAGCUUCACAAGCAAAUGGCUAUCUGCGGUGACUUGGAGCGCGAAAGCAUAUCACAACAUUUAUUGAUUAUACUGGUUAUCACAACAUUUAUUGAUUAUACUGGUCUUGAGACAGGAGAAGAGAUAUCUCCAAAUCUUUUGAAAGCUAUUGAAGAAUCGAAGAUGUCAGUCAUCAUUUUCUCCAAAAAUUAUGCCUCCUCUCAAUGGUGUUUGGAUGAACUAGUCAAGAUAAUGGAGUGCAUGAAGUCAAUUGGACAGAAGGUUUUACCAAUUUUCUACCGUGUAGACCCUUCUGAUGUUAGAAACCAGACUGGAAAUUUUGGAGACGGAUUUCGAAAAGUUAAAGAACAAUUUCAGGAGGAUGCAGAGAAGAUUGAUAGGUGGAUCACUGCUUUGACGAAAGCAGCCAAUCUAUCUGGAUGGGAUUCGAACAAUUACAGGUAUGAAUCAGAAUUAAGUGAGGGAAUCGUUAACCGGAUCUUGAAGAAAUUGUAUCCUGCAUAUUAUAGUGUUUGCAGUAACUUGCCUGGGAUUGACUUACACAUCAAUAAUCUUUUGUCAUUGUUAUCUAUUGGAUCAGAAGAUGUUCGCUUUAUUGGAAUUUGGGGAAUGGGAGGUAUAGGAAAGACAACCAUUGCUGAAGUUCUUCUCAGUCGAAUAUUUGAUAAAUUUGAUGAUUGUUGCUUUCUCAGCAAUAUCAGGGAAAAAUCAGAAAAAGAUGGACUAUUUCACUUGCGAAAAUGUCUUUUUUCCAAACUUCUACAAAUACAAAAUGAAAAUUUGAAUCUGGAAAUGUUUGGUUCCCAUAUGAAAGAGGCAGUUGAAGGCAUAUUCUUGGACAUGUCUAAAAUGGGAAAGGAUACUGGCUUCAUGCUUGAAUCUCCUCAAUCGAAUUAUUUGCAGUAUCUUUCUAACAAGUUGAGUUUACUUCAUUGGGAAGAAUACCCUUACAAAUCCAUGCCAUCAAGUUUUUUCAUGGAGAACCUUGUUCAACUUGACUUGCGAGAGAGUCGGAUUGAACAACUUUGGACUGGAGAUAAGUGUCCUCAGCAAUUAAAAUAUCUCAAUCUUUUUGGAUCCAUGCAAUUAACCAGGCUCCCAAAUCUCUCUUCAGCAACAAAUUUGGAGUGGAUAAAUCUUGGGCUUUGUGUGAGGUUGAUUGAGAUUCCCUCAUCGAUUCAGUGCCUUCUUAAGCUCAAAUAUCUUGAUCUAUACAGGUGUAAAAAGCUGAGAACUCUUCCAAACCUCAUUCAGUUAAAAUCUCUUGCACAUCUCCGUCUCUCUUACUGCUCAAACUUGAAGACUGCUCUAGAAAUUCCAAGAAGCAUACAAGUAUUGGAACUAGAAUGGUCUGGAUUGGAAGUGUUCUCCCUAAAUGUUCAAGUUCUUGACAAUCUUCAAUACUUAAGUAUGUGGCAAUGCAAAAACCUACGAAGUCUUCCACGUUGUAUUAACUUAAAUUACGUUAUUAAGAAACGCAUACUUGAUCUCACAGGCUGCUUGAAUCUCAAAAAAUUUCCUGUGAUUCUUGGAAAUAUUGAAGUAUUAAUGUUAAAUCAGACUGGAAUAGAAGAAUUGCCCUCAUCCAUACAAUAUCUCUCUUCUCUUGUUGAGCUGGAAAUGAAGAAAUGUGUGAGGCUCCAAAGUCUCCCAAGUAGUAUUUGUGAGCUGAAAUUGCUUCAAAAGUUUGUUCUUAGUGGAUGCUCAAAGCUUAAUAAAUUGCCACCUUUAUAUGGCUUGUAUUCUUUAGAAGAGCUAUAUCUAGAUGGCAGUAGGCUAAAAGAAAUUCCUAGUGACAUAGUUUCUCUGACCUUAUUAAGAGUGCUGAAUCUAAAUAACUGUGACAAACUCCAAGGUUUGCCAGAGCUUCCAUGCAGACUAAUGGAACUCCAAGCAGCAAAUUGCACAUCAGUCAAAACUGCAAAAUCAUCAUCAUCCUUUGCAUGCAUUGGACAUCUCAGAAACUUCUGGCAAUAUAAAUAUCUAUUUAAUUAUUGUAAUUGCAUAAAUUUGAGCAAGAAUGUGCGCUGCAAGAUUGUGGAAGAUGUGCGUCAGAGAAUUGAAGAAAUAGCAUUUGCUACUGCUAUGGCUCAUAGGCGCGGAAUAUAUAUUUCAAAGUGGGAUAUUGUCAUUGGUUUACCCGGAGGUGAAAUUCCAGAGUGGGAUACUGUUGUUUGUUUAUUCAAAAAAGAAGUUCCGGAGUGGGAUACUAUUGGUUUUCCAAGCAGAAUCCCAAAAUGGUUUAGUUAUCAAGGCCAAGGAUCCUCAUUUUCUAUCCUGUUCCCUCCCAACUGGUUUGAUGUCUUAGGUUUUACUUUUUGUGCUGUUAUAGAAUUUGAUAUUCCUCUUAACAAAUGUGAUGAUUUCUUCAUUACAUGUGAAUGUCAUUUCAAAAGUGAUAACGGUGGCCGGAAAGUUCAGUUCAGAAGUAGCACCAUCCAUUUGGAGGUCAUUCUUCACUCAGAUCACUUGUUCCUUUGGUACGAUAAUUUUCACGCUAAUCUUAAUUUAAGGAAAUGGCUCAUAGGAAACAAAGUCAAUGAGGGCUUAUGCAAGUUCAAAGCAGAAGCAAGAGGAUUUAACAAGGGGAAAUUAAAGGUGAAUGGAUGUGGUCUACAACUACGGUAUGCUGAAUGGAUGCCGGGGAAACGGAUGCGUAACAGACUCCAAAACAAAAUUUCCGUAGAGUGUGGAUCAACCAAGCGGAGAAGCAGGGAAGACUACUGCUCUAAUCAAACUGAUAUCAUUGGAGAUGGCAUGUUUGAUUAUGUGGAAGAGGAACCUCACCCAAAAAGAUUAAAGCAAGCAAUUUUGCUUUGUGAAUGAUUACCUCUUCUAAUGUUUAAAGGGAUCGACUCUGUUGCUCUUAUGAUUAUUUCAAUCUCUUGUCCGGAAAGUGACCAUAGCAUGUCCUGUUUUUCUACUUUUGCCAUUAUGGCAAGCAACUGGACUAUGAGUAUGACUCUAUCUUUCACUGUUUGUUGUCGUCGUAUUCUUUUGUUGUGCUCAAUAGCACUCAUUGCCUUUGAUGGAAAAUAAAAGUGAAACCUUAGUAGACGCCAAUCAAUAUAUAUUUUGUUGAAGACUAA